GGGGAGGAGACCUUGAGAAUUGAAGAUAUCCUUGCUGUAAUUGAGAAGGAAGGAGACUCUGUUGCUGUAAUUCUGUUCAGUGGUGUGCAGUACUACACAGGGCAGCUGUUUGACAUCCCCAGAAUAACCAAGGCUGGACAAGAGAAGGGUUGCAUUGUUGGAUUCGACAUGGCUCAUGCUGUUGGUAACAUUGAACUGUAUCUGCAUGACUGGGGAGUAGACUUUGCCUGCUGGUGUUCGUACAAGUAUCUAAACUCUGGAGCAGGUGGUCUAGCUGGUGCCUACAUUCAUGAGAAACAUUCUCAGACAGUAGAACCUGUGCUAAAAGGAUGGUGGGGUCAUGAAUUCAAAACCCGAUUUCUCAUGGAAAACAAAUUGCAACUGACUCCUGGGAUCAAUGGAUUUCGAUUAUCAAAUCCUCCCAUAUUAUUGGUGUGUGCUCUCCAAGCUAGUUUAGAAGUCUUUGGACAAACUACACUGAAACGUCUGAGAAAGAAAUCCAUUCUUCUUACUGGUUACUUGGAAUACUUGAUAAAGCAUUACUACAGUGAAGAUAAAGAUGAUCUUGAGAAGCCCUAUGUGAAAAUAAUCACACCUUCUAACAUUGAAGAAAGAGGUUGCCAGCUCACACUGGCCUUCUCCAUUCCAGUUAAAUCUGUCUUUAAAGAACUGGAAAAAAGAGGUGUUGCUUGUGACAUGCGGGAACCCAAUGCUCUUCGUGUUGCCCCAGUUCCUCUCUACAAUUCUUUCCAUGAUGUGCACAGAUUCAUUGAAAUCCUGGGAUCUGCAAUUACUUCUGCAGAGUGA